AUGCUCACCGCACUUCGCGCUGCUCAGCGUGUUCCUCGACACCUCGCGCCGUACACUCGACAGCUUCAGCGACCAUCGAGAAGAUCUUACGCCUCCGUAACCGACCUCGAGCGACUGCCCAAGCAAGGAGCGCAACUCCAUGGCUUCACACUCCAACGGACGAAGCAUGUGCCCGAGCUAGAGCUGUCCGCGCUGCACUUCCAGCAUGACAAGACGGGAGCAGACUACCUGCACGUAGCACGAGAUGACCAGAACAAUGUAUUCAGCAUCGGCUUCAAGACAAAUCCCCCGGACGCCACGGGCGUGCCGCACAUACUCGAGCAUGUUACAUUGUGUGGAUCGGAGAAGUAUCCUGUUCGCGAUCCCUUCUUCAAGAUGCUUCCUCGAUCGCUGCAAAAUUUCAUGAAUGCUUUCACGAGUUCUGAUUACACGAUGUACCCAUUCGCUACGACCAAUGCUCAAGACUUCAAGAACCUCAUGGAUGUGUAUCUUGAUGCUACUCUGCAUCCUCUGCUCAAGCAUGCCGACUUUGUGCAGGAAGGCUGGAGGAUAGGGCCGGAAGAUCCGCUCGCCACUUCGCAGGGCCAGGGCGAUCUGAUCUUCAAGGGUGUUGUGUACAACGAGAUGAAAGGACAGAUGUCAGAUGCUCAGUACCUGUUCUACAUUCGGUUCAUGGAGCACAUCUUCCCGUCCCUCAACAACAGCGGAGGAGAUCCGCAGAAGAUGACCGACCUCACGUACGAGCAGCUUAGAGGCUUCCAUCAAGCGCACUAUAAUCCGAGCAACAGCAAGAUCCUGACCUAUGGUGAUCAGCCUGUGGAGGACCAUCUCAAGAUGCUCGAGCAGCAUCUGGCAUCGUUCGAUCGCGGUGACGUGGACUCCGACAUCAAGCUUCCAAUCGAGCUUGCGAACGGUCCUAAACAAGUGACAUUAUCAGGCCCUGUAGACCCUCUGACACCUCCGGAUGCGCAACACAAGACCUCCACUACUUGGUUGAUGGGCGACACAACCAAUAUUGCCGAGUCCUUCGCGCUUCAAAUCGCCACAAGCGUGCUGCUUGACGGUUAUGGUUCGCCGCUGUAUCGAGCGCUCAUCGAGUCUGGACUAGGGACAGAUUUUACGCCAAACACGGGCUACGAUACAUCAGGCCGCAAGGGCAUCUUCUCCGUCGGCUUGACCGGCGUGAAGGAGGCGGACGUUGCGAAAGUUGAUGCAGCAAUCAAGGCGGCUCUGCAAGAAGCUGUGGCUAAAGGCUUUGAACGGCACAAGAUAGAUGGGUUGCUGCAUCAACUGGAGCUUGGGCUCAAGCACAAGACCUCCGGAUUUGGCAUGAACCUCAUUCAGCGACUGAAGCCAGGAUGGUUCAACGGCAUUGAUCCGUUCGACGCUCUGGCUUGGAACAAGAUUGUGGAGGAAUUCAAGGCUGAGUACGCCCAGCCUGGACGUCUCGAAGGGUUGUUGAAGCAGUACCUCGACAACGGGAAUACACUGACCUUCACGAUGGUGCCGGACGAAACAUACGGAGAAAAAUUGGCCUCGGAAGAGGCACAGAAGCUACAAAGCCGGAUCGUGGACACCGUGAAGCAGUUCUCGUCGGAGGAAGAAGCGCACAAACAGCUCGUUGAAAGGGAGUUGAAAUUACUCCAGGAGCAGACUGCCGGCCAGACCGAGUCUCUGGACUCGCUGCCAACCUUGCACGUCAGCGACAUACCUCGAAAGCAACAGCCGGUACAAUUGAGAGACGCCAACUUCUCAAAUAAUGCGAAGGUGCAGUGGCGAGAAACAGCAACCAACGGCAUCACCUACUUCCGUGCUCUGUCCUUGUUCAAGGACCUACCGGAUGAGCUGCGCAUGCUUGUGCCGCUGUUCUGUGACAGCUUGAUGCGCAUUGGAACGAGGAACAAGUCCAUGGAGGAACUUGAAGACCUCAUCAAGCUGAAGACGGGUGGCAUCAGCUUCGGGUAUCACGUCUCUACCUCGCCGCACGAUCUUCAGAAGGCUGAAGAGGGACUCGGACUCGUCGGCCACGCACUCGAUGGCAAUGUCUCGGCAAUGUACGAGCUCUUCCAGAUGAUCUUGUUGGAAACGGACUUCGACUCUCCCAACGCACAGAAGAACAUUCGCCAGCUGUUGCAGACCAGCGCAAGCGGUGCUGCUGAUGCCGUUGCCGGGAGCGGACACUCGUAUGCUCGACACUAUGCCACCGCUGGUCUGACGCCUCAGGGCAGGCUAGUGGAGCAGACUGCCGGCUUGACACAAGUCAAGCUCAUCACCAGCCUCGCUUCGGCCGAGGAGAACCAGGAGGCAAUGGCAGAGCUUGCGAGUAAGCUGAAAGCAAUCCAAACACUCGUAAUCGCCAACCUCAACCUCAACACCCGGCUGGCGCUCACAUGCGGCUCUGAUGCCGUGAGUGAAAACGACAGAGCUCUUCAAUCCUUCCUCGGAACGAUGUCUGCACACAAACUCUCGCCGCCACUGCUUGCAAAGCAGGGUUUUGUCAAGCCCCAACAAUAUCCCGCCUCCGGCAAGACGUUCUUCAAGUUCCCAUACCAAGUCUCCUACUCCUCCCUCGCUCUACCGACCGGACCGUACACCGACCCAACCUCCGCGCCCUUCGCCAUUCUAGCCAAGCUCCUAACACACAAGCACCUUCAUCAUGAGAUUCGCGAAAAGGGCGGCGCGUACGGCGGUGGAGCUUUUAGUGGCGGCAACACGGGCUUCUUCGGCAUGUACAGCUACCGUGAUCCUGCCCCGGAGAACACGCUCCGCAUCAUGGCUGACGCCGGUCGUUGGGCUACUGAACGGGAGUGGACGGACCGUGAGCUUGAGGAGGCCAAACUCGCUGUUUUCCAAGGUGUUGAUGCGCCGCUUGAUGUUAAUGCGGAGGGUAUGGUGCGUUUCUUGAGCGGGAUCGAUCAGGACAUGGAGCAGAAGAGGCGUAAGUGGUUGUUGGACGUGGAUAAGCAGCAGGUCAGGCAGGCUGCUGAGAUGCUUGACGCGAAGAUGAAGGAUUCGAGCGUGGCGUUGAUCGGGCAGAAGAAGGAGUUCGUCAAGGAGAGCGCUGGGUGGCGGGUCGAGGAUAUGGGGAUGGCGGCGCCUGAGCAGGUUGAAGCGGCGGAGGAUUCGUGA